AUGAAGGAACUCACCUUUCUGAUAAUCGGCGCUGGCUCUCGCGGGGCCGCAUACGGCCGCGCAAUAACCACCUCCACCCCCGCACGCAUCGCCGCAAUCGCAGAGCCAGUCCCCUACAAACGACGCAUCUUCGGCGAGAAGUAUAUCUGGGGAUCCGACUCACCAAAGCCAUCUCAGGAGUUUAGUGGGUGGAGAGAGUGGAUUGAAUAUGAGGUUAAGAGACGGAAUGCUUCGAACUCUAGAGCGGGGUCUGGACGACCUGGAUCGGGGAAUGAGGAGGAAGAAGGGGGUGUAGAUGGUGUAUUAAUCUGCACCCUCGACGAAACACACAUCGAGAUCCUAACCGCUCUCGCCGAACAUAACCUUCUGGAUCUGCACAUCCUCUGCGAGAAGCCUCUCGCGCUUUCACUAUCAGACUGUCUCUCCAUCUACGCGGCGCGCACAAAAGCCCAAUCGCAAUCGCAGUCCAUCUUCUCGAUUGGGCAUGUCCUGCGCUACUCACCUCACAACUUGCUCCUGCGGAAACUCGUCCGCGUUGACAAGGUCAUUGGCGACAUUGUAAGCGUUGAACAUACCGAGCCAGUCGGGUACUGGCACUUUGCACAUAGCUAUGUCCGCGGGAAUUGGAGAAGGGAGACGGAAAGUGGCGACGGGAGUUUACUGACGAAGAGCUGUCAUGAUGUCGACUUCUUGAGGUGGUUGAUUGAGGAGCCGGUUUAUAGAUCCUCUACCUCAUCAGCUCCAACAUCGACAUCGACAGAGCCAGCAUCAUCAAAGGAUGACCCGGUCCAACCCCAACCAAACCACAAGCUAACCCUCCGCUCAAUCCACUCAACCGGCCAUCUUACGCAAUUCACGCCCUCUCGAAAACCACCAGCCGCAGGCUCAGCGACAAACUGCACGGCCUGCCCCAUUGAGCGAGACUGUACCUACUCCGCCCUACGCAUCUACCGGGAUAACCAACUCCGGCAAGGUGAGACGGGGUGGCCGGUGAACAUCGUCUGCCCAGAUAUAGAGGAUUACCUUCCGCCGUCUAUAUCGUCAUCAGAAGAGUCUUGGUCGCUAUCAGCGAAUGGCACAAAUGGUGCAGGUGCGGAGAUAGACAUAAGCAAAGCAGAAUCCCGCCUUAUUUCCGUCCUCAGUCAGGACUACGAUGAAGCGACACCUGAUUCCGAAGUUGCCAAGAGGCCCUGGUACGGCCGGUGCGUUUGGGAGUCCGAUAAUGAAGUCUGCGAUGACCAGGUUGUUACUAUAUCCUGGGAUACCGAACCCAUCCAUACCCCAAACCCGCACAACUCACGGAAAGAAAGAAAGAACAAGAGCGGCAUAACAGCAACCUUACACAUGACCGCUCCAACCGAAGCACAAUGUGUCCGCCGCGGCCGCAUCUACGGCACAACGGGCGAGAUCACAUACGACAGUCGGCAGAUCCGCAUUUUCGACUUCGUAACUCACGAAGUGACUGUCCAUACUAUACCCAGACAACCACCGGAAGAGGAAAAGGCGCAUGGUGGCGGUGAUUAUGGCCUUGCAAGGGGGUUUGUGGGUGCAGUUCAUGCUGUAGUGAAUCAGCGAUGCGGGGUGGAGGAUGCACAGAGGGGGUUUGUCGGGUGUGCGUUUGAGGAUGUUAUUAGGAGUCAUGCAGUUGUUUUUGCAGCGGAGGAGAGUAGGAGGGACCAGAAAGUCGUGGGGUGGGAGGGUUGGUGGAAGGAAAAGCUUGGUGAGGUUGGGGUUGCGGAGGCUAAUUAG